CCCAGGUGCGCCGGCCCCGCCCCCGGCGGCCCCGCCCACACCUGGCCGAUCCAAGAUGGCGGCGGCGCUGGGCGCGCUGCUGGCGCUGCUCGGUGUGCCCCUCCAGGUGCGCUCCCUGCAGGUGUCCGUACCUAAGCCCCGCACCGUGGCUCUGCUCUUCCAGCCGGUGCUGCUGCGCUGCCAGUUCCAGGUGAGCUCACCCGGCGGCCCCGCCCCCAUCGUCACCUGGAAGUACAAAUCCUUCUGCCCGGACACCUGGGCGGCCUCACCUGGCGGCGCCGGCGCCACCUGGGACUCACCUGGCGAGGCCGCGGGGGCGUGUCCCGACUCCGCCCGCACCGUGCGCAGCGUGGCCACCAAGCAGGGCGAGCAGGUGACCCUGGGCGACUUCUACCUGGGCAGGGCCGUCACCAUCCGCGGAGGUGCGGAGCUGAGCCUGGGCCCCGCAGCCUGGGGCGACAGCGGCCUCUACCUGUGCACGGUGACCUCGACCAGCGACCUGCAGGGCAACAACGAGGCCGUGGCCGAGCUGGUGGUGCUGGACUGGCUGUUCGUGGUGCUGGUGUUGCUGGGGGCGGGGCUGCUGGCGCUGGGGGCGGGGCUGUGCUGGUGCCAGUGCUGCCCCCACACCUGCUGCUGUUACCUGCGCUGCCCCUGCUGCCCCCAGAGCUGCUGCUGCCCCGAGGCCCUUUACCUGGCCGGCAAAGCGGCGACGUCGGGCGGAGCCUUCGGCCCCCCCCCCACCCCCGCGCUGCCCCUGCAGCUCCUCGGCAGCUCCCAGAGCUCCCAGGUGCCGCUGCUGAGGGACAGCGAGAGCGGCGCAGGUGAGACGGGUGAUUGA